AUCCUGUACUAAUCGGAGUUGAUUUCAUUCAUUAACUCUUCCAGCUGUCAACUUCUGAUCUAUCGCUUUACCUGUGUCAAAUGUGUUCAUGUCGUCAGUGUGUGUGUGAGUAUGUUCGAUGAGGGAGAGCACUUUUGUUUUACAUCCUCAUACCAUUUUUUUCUUCCAUAUUCAUGACGUGGUAAUGUGACGGGCAGAGCCUGGUUAUCUGUAGGGAUUCAGAGCUAUACAAGUAUCCUAAUUAUUAUUAUUGAUGUCCCUUCCCUACUUUGACCAGUCAACAGCUCGGGGACACGACGUUGUAAGUGUAGAGGUGGGGGGAGUCCCGGUGGUGCUAACCGCCGAGAGACUUGUUCAGUCGCUUCCUUCCUACUCCCCCCCCACACACACACUCCGUCUCUUUUUCUCUUCGUUGCUGUAAGCUAUUCUUCCCCCUUCCCACAUCGUCUAAAUUUGCUCUGCGUCAUAUAUCUAUAUAUAUUGAAAUGCCUUAAAUGCCUAUAUGCUUAAUAAAAUCAACUCCAAGCAGUAUACAUCCAGAUAGUGUUAAAAUAGAGUGUGCGAUGUGUUCUUGAUACAUGAAACAUAUGCAAGUCUAUAUUUUUAAAAAUCAUUUAUUCAUCCCUUGACUGACACUGGCUGACUGGUGCUGAUCAACCAGAGUGGGGGAGUGAACGUGGACAGACACAGUGGCUGUUGUGAGCGGAGGGCAAGAGUAUACCUUUCUGGAUCCAGCAAUACCUACCAGAUAGCAGUUUCAAAGAUUGGGGUCUUGAUGAGAUGGUCAUCACAGACAAAGAAUAAAGAUAAUAAACCUUAUUUGUCAUGCUAUUGUUGUGUUGCAUUAUUUGCAGAUGUUUGAUUUUGAUUUGUUAAAACCACUGUUACUGAUACCAGAUUCUGGCUUUCAAACAGCAUGAUUGUCUUGCAUCAAAGUAAUAAUAAUAACAGUUGACAUAAGCAGCACCUUAUCCUUCCUUUUGGACAAGUUCAAGGUGCUUCAUAGAUGAAAACGGUGUGACGUGAAAAUAAUGUGAUGUCAGAACAAAAUGACUUUACUCCACACCAAAGGUCAACAUCUACAUGCAAUCUCCAGGCCAAAAUAUCAAACAUGUCAUACAAGUUGGAAUACAUUCCAUAGCAAAUACUUUUAGGUCUAUUUUUUCAAUAUAUUAAAAUGUUGUAUUAACACGAGACCAUGGCCUUGACAUAAUAACAGAAUUUGUCAAUGCAUUUCCCCAAAAUAAUCAUAUUAAAUUUAAAAUGAAUAAGACUAUUCAUGGAUUGAAUAUUUAUUGCUGAUUUUGCCAUUUUGUCUAAAAAGAUAAGAGAAUUUAUUUCCCAGUACAAAGAUUUUGUUCUGGUGUGACAAAAGCACACAUUAUUUUAAAUAGUAAAUUUAGUACUCUUCUCACCACACACGUACAGACUCAGUCAAUGACAGUCAUGUUAACCAGGCAAUAGAAUUGAUGCAAGAUCCCUAUUUCUAAAACAAGAAAAUCUUUGAUGAACUAGUAUCACUCUGGCUAACUAGUCAGGGCGACCCUGAUUUAAAGCUAUAGCAGCAGGAAGAAUUGAACUGAGAGCGGGCGUGCCAACAUAUAAUUUAGGGGGAAAUUGUAAAUUUGUCUUGAUUGAUAUGAAGUAUAAGACAAGUAAAAGGAAAUGUUAGUGUUAUCAGGAAUAGUCAGAUUUCCGUCUUGUAGGGUCGUUAUGCUUUUGCUUCGACUGCGUUUGUAUGCUCGCUCCAUUGACGAUCGUCCUUGCAUAAUUUGUGUUUACAAAAGGACAAUACAUAUAAUCGGUGAAAAUACAAUUUAAGACUGACUUAAGAUAUAAUUAGUAAGGGUACUUGUCGACUAGGGAAACAAAACAGUGGACAUCGAACACGGUGUAGAAAGUAUAUCAAAAUAGCACACUAUAAUCACGUUGAUCUAAACGAUGCACCUGUGUAAUAGAACAGGGGAGAUAACAGAAAUUCCGAUUGAGCUUCUAUUGUGGUAAUGGCAUGUUUAUGGAUUAAGCAGAUGGAUGCAUGUCAGGGAAUCCAUGUAAACACUUAUAUACCCAAAUUCCUUUCAAUAUAACCUUCUGUAUGUUAAAUUCUCACUUAUAUUUGCACCGACAAAACUCAGUUCCCGAAUGGUUCUGUUGUGCCGGAAGUCUGAGUAAAAGUUGCGCUGACUUAAGCCUAAUUGUACUCCAAGGCCUUUUUUAUACGACUCGUGAUCAAUGAAAUCGUGUUUACGUUCUAACUUUGAUCGCAGUGUGCAUACAGCAAAGUGCGAUUUACUUUAGAGUCAAGCUUGGCACUGCCAGACCAGUAUGUCGUUGUUUAAAAGAUUUCUGCGUGGGUCGCAGGAAUCAGGAGACUCUAAAAAUGCAACCCCUCCCCCGGGGAUGCAGACGAUGGGAGCAAGCUUGCAGAGAAAAUUUGCAAAAGGCGUACAUUAUAACAUGAAAAUUGUCAUCCGGGGAGAUAACAAUGUUGGCAAAAGCUGCUUAUUUCUGCGGCUGCAAGGACAAACAUUUAAAGAAGAAUAUAUCCCCACAGAGGAAAUACAGGUUGCAAGCAUACAGUGGAACUACAGAGCUACCGAUGAUGUAGUUAAAGUUGAGGUGUGGGAUGUUGUGGACAAAGGCAAGAAACGAAAGAAGUUGGAAGGCCUCAAACUGGAUAAUGAUGUUGCACCACCAAUAGAAGAGCCAUGUCUGGAUGCAGAAUUUCUUGAUGUCUACAAAGGCACUAAUGGAGUCAUAUUUGUCUUUGACAUCACCAAACAUUGGACAUUCAAUUAUGUGGAACGAGAACUUGUGAAAGUUCCAAAACACAUUCCAAUUCUGCUCUUGGGCAACCACCGUGAUAUGGGUCAUCAUCGAACUGUUAGUGAAGAGCGAGCCAGAUCAUUGGCUUCCAUACUACAAGAUGAAAGACCAGAAGGAGCUGGCCAAGUCCGCUAUGCUGAAUCUUCCAUGUGUAAUGGCUUUGGUCUCAAAUAUCUACACAUGUUUUUUAACCUACCUUUUCUGCAGCUGCAGAGAGAGACACUUUUGAAACAGCUUGAGAUCAACAACCAGGACAUGAAGUCCACCAUUGAGGAACUGACCAUCCAUGAGGAGUCUGAAGAACAAAACUAUGAUGUGUUCCAAGACUCUCUGACCACAAAACGGCGACAGCUGCAAGAAAAGUUGGCUGAGAAAGUGGUGAGUGGUGCCAAGUACCACCAAGACCAGCAAGGAAAUAUCAUUGCCAAUGAUGAAAGUAGCAUUUUGCCAACACCCACAACAGCUGGUGCCUCUUCAUCUGUGCCACGCUCAGUAUCCCAGCCAGCAAUUAGCCAGACUCGAGUUUCCUCCACCUCUUCACCAGACACUCCCAACAGCUUGCCAACAGUCAACGUACCUGUGCGCACCAGUCAAUCAGAAAAUUCUACACCUGCUGUGACCCCACAAACUGAAACAAAGACUGGAAUAUUCUCACGCAUCUUCAAGAGCAAACAGCAAGAAAACUCUGGCAAAGUUAAAACUGAUGUGACUGAAGUAAAGACAGAAGAGGGGGCAAUGGUACGCAGUGUUGAUGACUUUGUGCCGGAUGUCAAUGGACUGGAUAGCAGCUUUCUGGAUGAUACAAAAGAAGUUGGAGUCAAAGACAGCAGCAAAGAUGAGGAGGAUGAAAGUGAUGAGGAUGCUGGAUUUAAUCCAAUGGUUGCCAACUUUAAAGAUGAUCUUGAUUCGGAUGAUGAUCUCACAACACCUGUGACAAGCAAAUCCACAAGUUUUUCUGCAGCCAAAUCUGCUACCACUCCUGAAAUUGACAUCUCCAGUGAUGAUGAAGGCCCUUCUUCUGCAGAUGUUCCUGUGGUAGCCCAAGAUGCUGAUUUGUCAAGCGAAGGAGACAUGAGAUCAAACAAGGCUGUGAAUACAGCAGCAGUUGAUGUAACAGACUCUGAUGAAAACAUUAAACAAGAACGACCUGUACAGAAACAUAAGCAAAAAGCUAAGAGCAUUACAAAGUCAGAAGGCAAAGAGGUGAAAAAAAUUGUUACUGAGACAAGCAAAAAACGGCCUGUUAUUGACAGUCGCAUUGAAAGAAGCAGUGCAGGAGAAGACAAUUCAGAUACAGAGGUGAUACCAACCUCAGUGCAAGCAAAACCUGUUGAGAAGUUUCACCUGGAGAUUCCCCAGGAGGAUUUAGGCAACUGGUUGGACCAGUUUGAAGAGAAGUCUGCGAAGCCAGCAAAGAACAAGGUUCCUAUACGGGAGACCACUGCACUGGAGAGUGAAAGUGAUGAUGAAGCAAGCGUUAGAGUCAAACCUGUUUCUUCAGAUGUUGAGGAGGCAAGUGUGAAGUCAUCUAUUAAAAAGAAGAAGAAGAAGACUGAUGACAAGUCAGAAGACAAGGUGAGCAAAAAACAUAAGAAGAAGAAAGAUAAGGAUAAAGGAAAAGAGUCAGAGGGAGAAAAAAAAAAAAAGAAGAAGAAAAAGAAGAAGAAGGAGGAGUCAGAGAAGCCAGAUGGUGAUUUGGGUGAAGAGGAUGACAUGGAAGACCUGGAGGCUUUCCUGGGCAGCUCCAAUGGGGGAAGAGAAGGAGAUUAUGAGACACUAUAGUGAGGCCACUGAAAAACGCAUGCAGUCUGUAUCUUGUGGAUAACACCUUUGCAUGUGCUUAAAGGGUAGAAACCAAUUUCAUGUUUGGCAUCAAAUACAUUCCCUUACAGUUUUGGUUACUCUGUUUGAGAGGUUUGAAAUAUGAACACUAUGUUGUCAUGGUGACCUCUUCUGACCACUAGGCUGACAGAUUCAUUCUCAUUUUUAUAAUUUAAACAACAUUCUCAAGAACUCCUUGGAGACUUGUCAAAAGCGGCUGCAUUACUGGAUUUGCCUUGUAUCUGAAGCAUUUUUUUACAAGGCAUGCCAGAUCUCAGAUGUUCUUGUGUCAAACAUCGACAUUAGUACCAUAUACAAAUGAGGCAGGUCUAAAGUGAAGUAAAGAGCAAAUGGUUGAGGAUAAAGCAUUCACAGAUCACUAACUAGCUGGCUGCAAAAUGAUACAAACACAUUACUCAACAUUAGUAUGGACAGGCGAUAUAUUUACAAAAAUGAAACAAGUCAUUUAUGUGGAUCACACAAACAGGCAGGUGCAUAACCAGGUGUUAUUUUCUUAAAUAGUGUGGUGCCUAGUUUCUGGCAUGGACACUGUUGGCCUUGCCAUAAAUCUUUCAUGUUGUUCUGCUGAAUGUCGUCAUCACAAUCAACUGCUGCAAUGUUUAGUGUGCCAUCAGUAACCACAUCGACUACAGUAUUGUGCAGUAUGUCACCACUGCACAAUUAUAUCUGCUGCAGUAUUCCUCAUACUUUACCAGAUGAUAUGAUUACAUGGAGAGCAACAAAAAUGUAGGGGGUGGUUGGGCAUGGUAACAACAUGAAGAAUUUUAACAUACCUCAAUUCCCAUCCCAUCCCCCAAGCUGGGUAAUGGCUAGACGAGCUAUGCUGCAGGCAGUAUGCUGCCCUGCAGACAACUGUGUCCAGAGAAGCAGAAUAGUGUACCAGGUCUCAAGUAAAACCUAGCAAGCAUGGAAACCAAAUGCCAGACCCAACGAGGACAACCUACUCUGAGCCAAGAUACAUGAGCAGUGUUACUGAGCUGACUUCCCUAACUGCAUACAGAAAGGGCCUGUAGACAAGGCAUGAAUAUCCAAGACUUGAGCUCUGCUAUCAAAAAACAGGUCCUCCAUAUGGUCAUGUCAUCUACAGUCAAAUCUCCCAACUAUG